AGGGAUGUCCGAAUGUCUGAUUAUCCCAACACAGAGAUAGAGACCGCGGAACACACUACUUACUGACUUGGUAUCUUACUUCGUAGUACCUAUGCAAUAAGUUUAACACUUAACACUAGGUAGGUAGUUCUGAUACUUACCUAAAAGUUAUUAAAGUCAGGACCUCACUUCAGUGCUUACAAUAAAAUCUGUCAUUUUGACCAACUAAGCGUGUUCUUGGCAAGCGAUUGCCCUGCCCAGUUCGGAAUACCUAUUGCCUGGUAUUUCACGAUUACCAUUAUCGAUAUUAGCUCUAAAGCUCUUUCGAGAAUGUUUAGAUAGGCUGUGUUGUAACCACCUCUUGUUUUUGUGCUAAUGACCAUUUGGUUAUACGGAAUGUACUAUGCUGGGAGCAAGAACCACUUUCGCGAUAGAUUGUCCAUAAAGAGGGGACCGAAGGAGUGCAGCAUUAGCGGCGCCUCCAUAUAAAAUGACUGCUUACCUGUCAAACUAGAUUCAAGAACGAGACGCUUGAAUUUCAUAAUAUAGACGCCACAUUUGACAUCCAUUAAUUGUAUGGACAGACCUCCACUAAAUGUGGAUUUGGUAACUGGAUUAAGGUCUUUACUAUUUUAGUCCACAGACUGUAGAUAGGUAAUGUAGAUGGCAGCUUAAAGGUUAAACAGUGAAGAGACAGGUGUUACUUGAGGUCCAUUAGCAUUAGACAAUUACCUGCACCUGCACUGCUGCCUACAUGCCUUCCUAAGUUCGUUUCUCGUAGGAAGCGGCCGACCUUGCCGGCACUUCGUCAUACCACAAGCACGUUACAUAUGCUAUGUGAAACUGUUUUAAUACUCGCUUCCUUUCCGUAAUCGGAACAAAAGUAAAACUUCCUGACACUACGUCCUAGGUUAUUGAAACAUUACAACACUAGCCUUAAUGUAAGUAGAUAUUGAAUGCUCGUACAUCAACCUAUUCAAAUUCAAAGGCAAUUAAUUAUUGGCCUGCCUAAGUAACAAAGCAACAUUGUAGCCAUUCCCUUUAAAGUGUAAAUGGUUAGGUCCACAUUAAGAACAACCUUAACCUCGCUUCGUAGCUCUCAUAACUUAAACUCCGCCUAAGGUUUGGCUUGAGUCUAUAAGGCAUACCUGAGUCACAGAUUUGAAAUAGAAAAUGCGUAGUCCGCUGAAAGACUACAUUGUUAAGUGAGGCUUUAUAAACGCAACAAUGCCUUGUAUCCGGUCCUCAUGCAAUAUGGAUUGAGCGUGAUUGCAUCAAUCACAUGUAAUAUGAAUAAAACGUGAAGGCACAAGUAAUCAAGUUAGUUUUGGCAAACGUUUACAUUACUGCAUGAUUGGUUACCAGUUACACAACGCGAAAGGUCGCGAACGUAGUUAACGACCGGUAAACCAUAAUUUUGCUGCUCCACUGGUGAAACGAAUGUCAUAUGAUAUCAAAACACGCACCAGUUUCUAAAGUUAUUGGUUAAUACCAUAUUAAAACGAUUUUACAACUUGUACCGUUUCGUAGAAUUGGAUGAGCACGCCUACUAAAGCCAAAUAAGAGAUACGACGCAAAAAUCAUGUGUACAUUAUAAGUUUAGAAAUGUAAGUUAUGUUUAUUAAAUUGAUACAAUAACAUUAAAAAAGGAAAAUAAAACUAAAGUUACUAUAAUCAACAAAAUAAAAUAAGGAACUCGGACGUCAAUAACCUCCACUGCAAGUUGACCUUUUAAGGCACGUUUAGCACCUUUAUUCAGGGACUGAAAGGGGUUACGGUAUAAGGUUACGCUACCGGUAUAAAAUAAGUGUACCUUAAAAAAAUAAAAGUUAGGGUAUACCGCUAUUUAACCUUUAUGCGAUAUCGGUACCGAAAAAAUAUAGCGUUGACAGUUGCGGGACGUGGGCGAGGGGUGCGAGGCACCGAAAAGGGUGGUCAAGGCCAAGGCACGACCGUGCGCGCCGGCAACAAUCCUGUUUUCUUCGUCUUUCCAUCUUUUUCAUACCUUUAUUUAGUAACGGCUAAGUACUGCUAGCGAAAUAUACCUUUUUAUAUUGGCAGUGGCGUAGCGUGGGUGGGGCGGAGGGGGCGGCCCGCCCCGGGCGGCAGCCCGCGGGGGCGGCAAAAUGUCGCCGUUGAAGCGGGUUGAGAUCUGAUCUAUGAUUCAUUCAUUUCAUUACACAGUAUAAUUUUCCAUUUUUAUAUAAAAUUUUGCGCACAAAGGAUUUUUUAAAAUUUAUUUAAAAGAAAAAUUGCUAAAUUACUGACAGAGCUCUUUAUAAGGUUUGUUUGUUUACAUACGAACGGCAACAUCGCAUCACGCCGCGCCGCCCGCCCGCCGCGCCGGCGAGGCAACGCGCGCGAACCGAGUUGAUCUGAAUCUGAAAUCUUUUGUUUUACGAGUCGGCCCGUGUCGAUGCCUCUCUUUCGCACUCAUUGAAUUAGUACUACGCAUUCAUUUGUAGGUACUUUGUUUGUUUUAGUGCAUCGUGAAGUGCCAUUACGCAAUCACGCAUUACUCGUAUGUUUGUUUUGCGAGAGUUUUGGAUACGGAACGAAAGUCGUUUUGAUUGUGUUUCGAUCUUUUAAAUACUAUUGAAUCUUCUAAAACUAAACAUUUAGAUCUUUACCCAAUCUUUGAAUUAGUUUUUGAAAAUGAAAAGAGUCAAAGAAAGCGGUGCGGAAUUCCGCAAAAAAAGGGCUAAGAAAGCAGCAGAUGCGAAAAAGUCUCAAGGUGCAUUACUGAAAUAUUUCAGUUCUAGUUCUGGUUCGAAAGCCACGUUAACGUCUUCGGUGGCAUCCUGCAGCAGUGGAAGUGAUUCCAGUGCACAAGAAGAAGACGUGCCUGGCGUCGCAGUUGGAAGUAGUUCUGGUCCCACCACAGAGCAGGGUCAAGACGAAGUCGACUCACCAGAUGUGCCUCAAGCAUCUAGUCAUAAGCCUGCAGAAAAAGUGAAUGUUGCCAAAGAAGACAUAAUUGAAAUCGUGCCUUCUGCUCCUGCCGAAGUCAAAGAUGUGAAUCUCGACGAUGUAGGUUGCUGGCCUUCUCCUAUGACCGACGAAGUCAGAACGCUUCUAGUACGUCGCGGGUCUGACUCAGUACAGCACAUCGAUUCCAAAUUUGCCGAUGUUGUUCGCUCAGGGACUUCAACGAAAGGCGGUACCCGAAAACUAACCAAAGAGUGGUUCUACAAACCAUUAUCUAAUGGCGAAAAGGUUCUCCGAACAUGGCUGGUGUACUCGCCUCUGAAGCAGUCUUUGUAUUGUUUUUCUUGCAAGCUGUUUGGCAAUUCCGGCUCGAACUUCGCAUCUGAAGAAGGAUUCAACAAAUGGUGGAAGCUAAAUCCAAGAAUCGGAGACCAUGAAAAUAACCUGGGCCAUGAACAGAGUUUCUUGAAAUGGAAGGAGUUGGAAGUUUGCCUGAACUGUAAAGCAACCAUCGAUCAGAAACAACAAGAAGUUUUCGAAAGUGAGGAGAAGAAAUGGAGGGAUGUAUUGUACAGGUUGCUGAAUAUUAUCCAGUUCUUAGCCAAACAGAAUCUGGCCUUCAGAGGACAUCGAGAAGACAUUCGAGGAGAUGAUAGUGGCAAUCGCGGGAACUUUCUAGAGUUAGUGCACCUCCUAGCUGAAUACGAUCCUCUUCUAAUGGAACACCUGACAAAGAUAAAGCUGGGAGCAAGAGUGUCAGUUUCAUAUCUGUCUCCAGAAACCCAGAAUGAAUUUAUAAAUUUACUGGGACAGCAAGUUCGAUCCCACCAUCAUCCUACACCAGACAUCUCCCACAAUGACCAAAUGAGCCAAGUUCUGCGAUACGUACAUAUCGAAGGAGAAAAAGUCGCUGUGGUAGAAUCUUUCAUUGACUUCUUCCAACCAAAAGGAAAAAAUGCAGAAGAUCUCAGCAACGAUAUAAUCGCGAAGAUAACAUCAGACGGACUGGACAUACAGAAUCUGAGAGGACAGGCUUAUGACAAUGCUGCCACAAUAUCUACUAUGAGCUCCGCUAGAUUAUCAAACUUGGCUAUAUUGUCGAUUGAACAAGAAUUGGCUGCUAAUAUUGAUUUUGACAAAGUUAUUUCUGACUUCGCUGCUCAUAAGAAGUUGUUCGAGGGUGACCUUGAGAAACUGAACAAGGACUUCCUCGAGAAGGUGUGGCAAGAGAGGGCCGAUCAAUUCGGCGGCAGGCAGAAGACGAGACUGCCUAAGUGGUUCGGUGAGAGGCCCGGCAAGAAGAAGGGCGACACCGACUCCCCCGAGGGUGAGGAGGAAGUGAAGGCCGAGCUCGAGGAGGACGACGAGCCCGUGUACGAGCCCGAGCCCGAGGAGGAGGAGGUCGUUGAGGAAGAGGAGGAGGAAGAGGAAGAGGAAGAAGAGGAGGAGGAGGAGGAAGAAGAGGAGGAAGAGGAAUAAACGUACGCAGCACGACUUGAUCAGAGAAGCUAUUCGCCGACACGGACCCGCGAGUCGGCUGUACUGUUUUGUAACCAAUCCAUUAACUUAUUACUAUUAUAAAUUAUUUUUAUUAUUUAUACUGUUGAAUCAUUCGUUACGGAACAUGGACUUUUUUGCACUUAUUACGUCACUAACACCUAUGACGAAACAAUAAACUAAUUUAUUUCAUAAGGC